AUGCCAGGUCCAAAAGUACAUCGAAGUGGUUAUGUCUUCAAGAAGGGAGGACUCAUUAAAUCCAUCAAGAAGCGUUGGUUAGUAUUGAACGAGGAAGAACUCGCAUACUAUGAAAGUGUUGAAAAGAUGGCUGGCGAGCCACCAAUUGAUAGAAUUUAUCUUCGGUUGGUGAUUGCUGCUGAAGAUACGGGAAAGACUGAAAUGAUUUCAAAGAAGAAUUACUUUGAAUUUAUUAUCAAGACAAAUCUCGGAAGGGAUUAUCAGAUUUAUGUGGAGACUCCUGAAGAGAGAAGUGUUUGGGUAGAUACAAUUAAUUCAUUAACUCAUGCUUUUAAGAGUCCUGUGAAAUCAUUUGAGAAGGUAACGGAUCCAAACAUGUACAACAAAAUGGCUGCUGUCAAAAAUUGA